CACCAUCGUAUUAGUUGUAUGUGUGUGUGUGUGUAUUGUAUGCGUGUGAUGUAAGGUCAUUCGCGUGAAAAUAUCAGCGAGGAAAAAAUCGAAUUUUUGUGUUUUGUGUGCUAGUAAGUUAAGAUUAAAGUACAAAAACAACAACCAAACCAACCACUACAAAUGAAUUAAUUAAUUUAAAAAAAGAAAAAAGUAAUUUCACAAAAAUUAUAAUCAAUGCAAAUGACAAAGAAAUAACGAAUAAAAAAAAUCCACAACAACAACACCCACACCAACAACAACAACAGUAGCAGCAGCAGCAGCAGCGGCGGCAAUUACAACAACAACUUCAACAAACACCAAGAAAAUUCAACAACAAACAACAACCACAACGGAUCAAUACCAAAGAUGGAGGCAAAAUUCUUGGCUAGCGCUCUUUCAUUCCUCUCGAUAUUUUUAGCGAUUUAUGCUCAAUCACUUGCCAAUGACCUCCUGGCGGAGACCAGCGAUGAGGGCGGAGCCUCCGCCUCCUCCACAGAGUUGUUUGAGGUGACGCCAGCCAUCUACUACGGCGAUUCGAAUGUGAAUCUGGGCGAGCCCUUCUCGAUAACCUGCAUCAUACCGAUCACGGAGAAGAUCCAUUGGCUCAAGAACGGGGAGCCCAUAACGCGUCACAAUCUGCGGCAUGGACGGGACGAGCAUGCCUACACUUUGGCGGAGAGCGCCAUCGAGGGUGAGAAGCACAAGAUCGAGGCGCAUCUGAGCGUGCGGCAUGCCCUGAAGGUGCACGAGGGACGAUACCAGUGCAACCAUCGGCACGGCAGCUACCACAUGCUGCACGUGAGGGGUGCAGCAUCGCCGGGCGGCGGCGAAGCCACAGAGUCUGGUUACCAGACCAUUGACGAACUGACGCCCAAUUCGGCGGAUGACAUCUUCACACGGACGUGGCUGGAGCAGCAGCAAACGGGAGUGGGAGUGGGAGUGACGCCACCGCAUCAUCAGCAGCAGCCGGAGCAGCAUCAGCACCAGCACAAGCAGCACAAGGCGCAUCCGUUCUAUGGGAAUGCCAGCAGGGGGGAUCUGACUGCGGGGCCGUAUGUCCCAAUGCCACCACCCACCAGCCGGUACAACGAUCUGACCACACUGCCCUGGCAUCCAUCCUCGACGGCGACGGGUGUCCAUGGCCUGGGCGGUGGCAUUCAUCGUGUGUACUCGGCCACGCCGCCCGACUUCCCGCCACCGCGCCUCAACAUGAUGGAGCACACUGUGGCGCCGCCAGAGCCACCCACCAUACUGUACAAUCAGACGCUGCCGCAUCACCGCCAGCGUCCGCCAAUCACAGCUAUUGUCACUGCCACGGCCACCGAUUCGAGUGCCGGCUUGGGUGCCCCCCCCUCGUCCACGCUCCUGUCGACGGCGCACCAUCACUCGCACCACCAGCAGCAGCUGCAGCAGCAGGCGCAGCACACGUUGAAUGCCUUCCAGCUGCCGCUGCCGCCGCCGGUGCCGUAUCCAGCACAGAGUCCAGCGGCUCCGGUUCCAGUUCCAGCUCAAAACGAGAGAUAUCAGACAUAUGCGCCGCACUUUGUGCCACCAGUGGUGGGGGGUGGUGGUGCAGCAGCAGCCCCAACAACAACAACAACAAUCGCAUCGAUGGGUGGUGGUCAAAUGAGGCAGCAGCCAAAGACGGUCUUGUCUGCUAAAUUGGAUACGUUGGUGCCAAAUUAUGACAAUGUCGAGCAUGAAAUGAAAUUUUAUGAUAUUAGAGGGCCGCUGGUGCUCAGCUGCAAUGUGAAGCCCGAUUCAACGGACCCGCUUAUAUGGAAAAAGAACCACACCGACGUGAUGAACGUGGAUGUGCUGAAGGGUCGCUUUAAGUUAAUCAAUGCCGAGAGGAAGUUCAUCAUCGACAGAGCGGAAGCGUACGACGAUGGCCUCUACAGUUGUGAAAUCAAUGGGGUGUCCAGGGAUAUCAAUGUGAUUGCUCGCGUUGUUGUACGAGUGCCUUCAAAUACAGCCGUUGUGGAGGGCGAGAAAAUGUCAGUUACCUGCUCGGUCGUGGGUAGUGCACCACAAUUGUCAUGGACUUUUGGCAAUGUAACGCUAAAAAACAAUACAGAUCGCUUUGUACUGAAAGCGGACAACAAUAUUGAGAAUGCUAUUCUGACACUGGACAACGUUACUCUGGACGAUAGAGGCGAGUACAAGUGCAUUGGACGCAAUGCGGCCAAUGAUUUCGGAAACAGCACUGUUGCCAGCGACUUUACAACUGUGCGUGUUAAGGGCAAAUUUGCCGCCUUGUGGCCUUUCCUGGGCAUCUGCGCUGAGGUGCUUAUUCUCUGCUUGAUCAUUCUCAUCUACGAGAAGCGACGCAACAAGAGCGAACUGGAGGAGAGUGAUACUGAUCCCCAAGAACAGAAAAAGAAAAGGAGAAAUUAUGAUUAAAUAUCCUAAACAGAACAGCAUACAGAAUAAUACCAAACAAAUUAAAAACAAAAAGAAAAAGAGUUAAAAAAUGAUUUAAAUAUUGAGCAUAAACCAGUAACAGAGCAUUACAUAAAAUUACAAUACAUAAAACUAGCAAAAAUGAUAUAACAAAAUGAAGGUUCAAGAACAUACAUUACAUUACAAACAUACAUACAUAUAUGGAUAACAGUCAGUCACAAGAGCCUACACCCGAAAACCCCAGACAUCUUUCACUCUCUACUAUCACCCGUUCCCUGUUCCCUGUCCCCCCGUCCCCUCGUCCUCUACUGUCCCCAGAAACUGCAGAAACUUUUGUUUAGUGAAAUUGUAUUUUAUUAAACUAUGAAAAACCAAACAAUUAAUAUUAAACAAACCUAAAAAGAAAAACUGAAAUUAAUAUUAAAAACGGAAAGUGAUAGCAGUUAAACGAACACUAAAAAAAGAAUACCAUAAUAGCGGGACUGUAGAAACUAACCUAAAAGAAGACAAAGGUCCCACAAUCUCCACUCUCCUCACUCCACUCUCCACUUCUGUCCACUCCUGUUCCCCAGUCACUCUCUCCCCAAUCCUGCAAAAGAACAAAGGAAAUAAUAUUGUACAUAAUCUCAAAAGUUGAAUGGAAAAAUGGCAGAAUAAGGAAAGCAAAAUAAGGGAAUUCUUCUGUCUCUGUACUGUACGCGAAAACCUACCAACGGCUCUCUUCUCUCUAUCUAUCUGUCUGUCUCUAUAUCUCUCUCUCUCUUUGAGUAUCCCAGCAAGGAUAUUUGCUCUGACUAUGAUUUCUUAGGUAGCUAUAUUUUGAGGUUAGGUUUUACUUGGGCCACGUGGCGAUCGAUGCAGAAACAAUAACAGCUAGAAGAUGGCGCAAAAUGGCGGAGAAUGGCAAGUGGAAGAUCAGCAGCGCAGCAGCAGAAGCAGCAGCAGCGAAAAGGAAGAAGGAAGAUGAAGAAAAAGGAACACUGUUAAAUGAGAAGACGAUGUUAAAAAGAACUUUGUUUAUUAAACUUAGUUAAUAUACAUAUAUAAAUAAUGAACAAAAUGGAGGAUGAACUUUUUAAACAAUUAAGUAGCGCGUUAUGGGUAUAUUUUUAAAGGAUUAAUACCGGAAGUAGUCGACGGAUGAAGAACCGAGAACAUUGUAUAUUGCAUAAUUUUAGAAGAACAAAACAAAACAAAAAACGAAACAAAACAAAAAACAAAAACAAAUAUAAGAAGAAAGAUGAUGAAAAAUCUGAUGCGUACUGCCAAAACUUGUAAAGUUCAGUACUAUUUGCUUAGCCUCAUUUUUGGUAAACACUAAAAAAAC